AUGUUCAAGGAUGACACAGAGUCGAUGGAAGGACAUGAAGUUCUGUUGGGUGAUCAUCGCACGAUCAAGGUCCUUGGAUCUGGAACCGUGGAGCUCUUCUUCACUUCGGGCAAGAAAGUUGUUCUCACCAAUGUCCUUCACGUUCCUGAUGUUAGAAAGAACUUGGUUUCUGGUUUCAUGCUUUGUAAGAAGGGGAUAAAGGUUGUGAUAGAAUCUGAUAGGGUGAUUUUGACCAAGGAUGGUAUGUUUGUUGGGAAGGGCUAUGUUAGUGAUGGUAUGUUUAAGCUAAGUAUUGACAAUGGUAAUAUUAAUAAUAAAGUUGAUGGUUCUGCUUAUAUCGAUGUGCAUACAAAUUAUAGUAUAGAAAGUACUCCGUUUGAUUUAUGGCAUAAUCGAUUGGGGCAUGUUAACUUUAAGACUCAGAAAUACAUGUCUAGAAAUGGAUUAGUAGUUUGUGGUGAUGAUAGUGGAGAUAAAUGUGAAAUCUGUGUGCAAGCUAAGAUGAAGAGAAAGCCAUUUCCUAAGUUGGUUGACAGAAAUUCAUAA